AUGGAAACUCUCGUUCCUUUAAUUCCAAAAGAGGCAGAACGAAAGCACUCUCUAGCACAGCAGUAUCUGAAAAGCGCGAGAUAUCUAGCAACCGCCAAUCUUCAACGAGACCGGGGGCGGGAUGUCCAAGAAGUCAACGCCGUGCGAGCAAUCCCUCUGAUUGACCUUGAUCCUAAGCGCAUCAUACCUGAGAGAUACUUCCCAAGGGAUGGUAAUCCGGAAUUCAUAUUCCUUCAAAAGUCCCUCCUGGCAGCAAACCCACAUAGUAUCAGACAGUUUGACAGUAAUCAGUACUUGGGCAAUCCGUUCCAGUCCUUUUUCAACGUUCUUUCACAGAUGGCAGCAACCGGAGCCUCCGUCGAAUCGAUCAUGGAUGCUUUAUGGAGAAAUUCCGAUGCUGAUUUAAUCGGUACCGAGCAUUCCACCUCCGAUAGUGAAGAUGAUGCUCUUAGGGAUUUCCUCAACGCUGCUUUAAUGAAUAUGGGGGAGCUUCCGAGCUUGGCCGCAAGGAGGGAGGCCGUUCUGGACUGUCUCGUUUCAGUCGAACUCCCGUGGCAGCUUCACCACGAUGAAUCGACUGAAGUGGACCACGGAUCUAUUGGAGUCUACUUUUGUCACAACAUUUCUGGCUCGCGUAAAAGCUUUAGAGCGCCUGUGGUCAGCUUAGAGUGCACAUCUCGGAGUAUCGGCGGCAUCAACGGGAACUCUGAAAAGCCCAUAGCCUUCGCCCCUCCGAUCUUUGCCCAGGAGGUUGCUGAGAUGAUAGGUGGUGUGAUUACCCAGCUAUAUAAGCUUAUCCUCAGACAUGGGGACCAGGAAACCUUUGUUAUCAGCAUUGAUGGGCCAUUCCUCUAUAUUAGUACAGCGUAUGUCUCGCGAGAAUAUGUCAGAUAUACCGAGACAGCUCGGUAUAGUGAGGCAGACGCCGGCAAAAUCUGUCUAUGGGUCCGGAGGGUACAAGCUCUCGAAAGUCUGUGGGCACUGGUUAGUUAUAUCGCGAGCGGGAAUGCAAAGGUGAACAUUGUGACGGCUGCUAAAGAGAUAUUCGGGGGGCCGAGUUGAGGGUGGAAUUAUUCUCAUUUCAUUUUUUGUUUGCUCCCUGGUACUUUGUAUCCAUAAGGUUCUUAAUUAUAAUAGAAUCCUCGAAUAUAAUUACGUGUAGGUAGUGGUUAACGGUCCGUAUAUCCG